AAAUUACUUCCCUUGGAUAAAAUACCGACAUGGCGACCCAACAAAUCGACAUUGCCCAGUUGCCAAUUGAACAACUUAACCAGUUAGCUAAACAAUUAGACCAGGAAAUUGAAUUGUUCUCAAGUUCCAUGAACCAGCUGAAGCAUGCACAGGGGAAGUUUGUAGAAUCUCAAGAAAGUUUGAACAAAAUUUCACCUGAAAGCCAGAACAAAGAUAUACUGGUUCCUCUGACUGGUUCUAUAUAUGUACCAGGACAACUGAGUGAUGUGCACAAUGUAAUGGUUGAUAUAGGGACAGGAUAUUAUGUAGAUAUGGAUGUCAAAAAAGGGAAAGAACAUUUCAAAAGAAAGAUUGAUUACAUUACUAAACAGAUAGAAAAAGUACAACCCUUACUGCAGGAAAAGUAUAGGAUGAAACAAGUUGUUAUAGAGAUUUUACAGUAUAAAGUUCAGCAAGCUUCGUUACAACAGCAAGCUGCUGCCAAUGGAAGUACAGUUGCCACUCGAUGAAGUGUUCAGUGACAAUGAAUUUUUUUUGUCAAUGACUUUUUAUACCAUUUUUCAUUGUACUCCAUCUAAAUUAUAUGAUUAAACAGUCUUAGAUA